AUGGCUCCGCUGGAAGACUCGACCGCCGUCCCGGGCGCCACCACGCUGGACGCGUUCUCCGUGACGUUCCCCGACCAAGUGGAGCAGGAGCUCGGCGCCGCCUACAGCGAACCCCAUUGGACCAACAUCAAGCACGCGCUCGCCCGACCGCCCGCCUUCACCGCCGUCCGAGUGAACACCCUCAAGCUUUCCCGGGACGAGGCUCUGCAGGCCCUGAAGCCGCAUCUGGAUGGGUUCAACGCCCAAUUGGCAGCGCUGGACGCCAGUCGCCAGCCCAUCGAGGCCUUCGCCCACGCCUCGCUGCCGGACGUGCUGAUGAUCCCGUCGGCGGCUAGCGGCGAUACUGCGGUCGAUUUCAACCCAGAACUCAAGAGUAUCGUGGUGGACCGACUCUGCGGCGAGGCGGUGCUGCGUGGCAGCGACAUCUUCGCGCGUGGAGUCAUGAGCGCCAGCAGCGGCAUCAACGCCGAGGACGAGGUCAAUGUGUUCGUUGAUCUGGACCACAACCACACGCGGGGCAGCGACUUUGCCGCUCACGAUGGACGCAAGCUGCUGAUUGCUCGCGGCGUGACCAAGAUGGCGCGCACCGAGAUUUUCCGGGCUGUGAGGGGACUGGCGGUGACUCAGUUGGUUCGGGUCUGUCAUGAUGCUCCACCGAUGAACGGCGUGCUGCACGGUCAGAUCUACGUCCAGAACCUUCCGUGCUCGGUGGUGGCCCACGCUCUGGAUCCGCAGGAGGGUGAUGCGAUUCUGGACAUGUGUGCGGCCCCCGGAGGCAAGACGUCUCAUGUGGCCACGCUGAUGCGGAACAAGGGCACGCUGGUGGCGUGUGACCGCUCGAAGAGGAAGGCAUUGGAGCUGCGGACCCUUUGCGACGAUCUGCAGCUCGAGUGUGUCGUGCCCCUCAAGAUGGACUCGACCCAUGCUGUCCUACCCAAGGAUAAGGUGGACGCGGGAUUGGCUGCCGCACAGGGAAACAGCGACUUUACCUGUGUGGCGCAGGUUCUAGCUCGGGCAAAGGCGGACACUCCCAGCCAGGCACGUCUGCUCCAGGUAGAAGGGUUCUUCCCCGAAACCUUCGACCGCAUUCUGCUGGACCCUCCUUGCUCGGCGCUAGGCUUGCGCCCUCGGUUGCUCCACGCGGGAGAUGCUGAUAACUUGGCUGAGUACACCAACAUGCAGCGCAACUUCCUGUGGGUUGCGGCAUUUCUGCUGAAGCCUGGCGGCACCCUCGUGUACUCCACGUGCACGAUCAACCCGAAGGAGAACGAGCAGAUGGUGCACCACGCACUGCAAAACUAUCCGCUUAAACUUGUUUCGCAAGGCGAGGUCCACAUCGGCGACCGCGGGUUGGCUGGCCAAGGUCUCAACGACCACGAGGCGUCUCUCGUGCAGCGCUUCGACCCUGCCAAUACGGAGCUCGAUACCAUGGGCUUCUUUUGUGCCAAGUUCAUCAAGACAGGUCCUAUUCGGCAGGAGCAAGCUGAGGCUGCGCCUACGGUUUAG